CCCGUCCGUGUGCGCCCCCGUGUCCAGCGCUGUGUGUGUGUGUGCGAGUGUGCGUGCGUGGGUCAGCCGCAUUAAUUUCUUUUGGACUUGGAUCGGAUUUUGAUUGGUAUCUCGACCGGACAGCUAUGCGACUGACUGCAUGGAGCAUUCUCCUGGCCGUCCUGCUGCUCCAGGGCGGCCCAGCCUCCGCCUGGCAUUCGGAGGAGCUGGAGAUCUUCGACUUGGUGGAGGAGGUGAAUCGCAACUUCUACGAGUUCAUGGGAAUUAAUCAAACGGCUACGGGAGCGGAGGUCAAGCGCGCCUUCCGCACCCUCUCAAUUGUACUGCAUCCGGACAAGAACUCUGCCGAGGAUGCCAACAUCCAGUUCCGCAAUCUGGUCUCCAUCUACGAGGUCCUCAAGGAUCCGUCCAAGCGCGAGAAAUACGACCGGGUGCUCAAGGAGGGCAUGCCCAACUGGAAGUCCGCCCUGUACUACUACCGUCGGAUGAGGAAGAUCGGCCUGUACGAGGGCGCCUUCAUCCUAUUCCUUAUCACCACCGUGGGCCAGUACCUGUUCGCCUGGGCCGCCUAUCUGGAGAAGAAGUACACCGCCGAGCAGGUGUUCGGCACCAAGCUGAAGAAGCUACAGAAGAAGAACAAGAACAUUGACAUGGACGUCAUACUCAGUGAGAUUCCAAUGCCCUCGCUGCUGAAUACUCUGCCAGUCCAGAUUCCUUUGGCUUUGUGGAACCUGCCCCGGACCAUCAAGAACGGCUUCAGCAAGGCCAACGAGCUCAAGGAUCUGGCCCUCGAAAAGCGUAGACAGGAACUGGAAGCUGCCCGCCGCCAGGAGGAGCUGGAACGCGAGGCCGAGGAGCAGGUUCGUCUGCGCAAAGAGCACAAGGAGAACCUUCGUAAGCGUAAACAGAACUCCAAGGCCCCAGAAAAGACCGAGGAGGAACUGCGUGGCUACUCACAGAUCCAGGCCCGCGAACUAACCGAUGAAGAUGCAGUGCGCCCUGCAUCUCAGAAGAGUACUGUGAGCGGCGGUUUCUGGACCGAUGAGGACCUGACCGAGCUAAUCCGUUUGGUGAAGAAGUAUCCUGGUGGUGCCGGUAGCCGUUGGAACACCAUUGCCGAGUCCAUGAACCGCAGCGUCCAGGAGGUAACCUUUAUGGCUGCCAAAAUGAAGGAGAACGGCUAUCGCAUACCCGGACAGUCGGACAGCGUGGCCGAGAAUCUUGUCCAGGAAUCGCAGCAGGCACAGCGCAAGGAAAAGGUCAAGAAGUCGACGGCAGCAGCUACCACUGUCCUGGCUGCCGGUGGGGAGAAGAGCAUGCUCAUUCCGGAGACGAAUUGGACGCAGGAGCAGCAACGUGCGUUGGAAGCAGCAAUCGUCAAGUACCGAAAGACAGCUGGCGGGGAUCGCUGGCAAAAAAUAGCUAAUAGUGUGCCGGAGAAAACCAAGGAAGAGUGCCUGGUGCGCUACAAGUAUCUCUGCGAACUGGUCAAGACUCAGAAGCGGGCCGAGGAAGAGGCCCAAGAGCCGGAGGAGGCACAGGAGUCGCCAGACGCGGCGGAAGUCGGCGGAGAGGCCGAGCUGGAGACCGAGGAGAAGGUGGCUCCCAUAGAAGCUUCAGCUCCAGCGCCAGCGUCCAAGAAGCUGAGCAAGCGCGAGCAGCGACGACGGAAACGAGAUCUGUCCAGUGGCGAGGACUCUGACGAUGCAUAUCAGUACGAGAUCAGUUAGUCAAAUCGACAGGAUACCCGAUGAUCUCGGUCUUCUCCUCGCGUGGCUCAAACUUAGGUGUAAUUGAAUUUUUUUUAAAUUAAUAUUUAACAUUAAAAACUCUCUUAACACGAUCCUGUUGACGAUUGAUCCUCCCGAUCCCUUCCCGUAGCGCUACUACUACUAUAUUUUGUAUAUACUUGUAUUUUGUAUACCUCUAAAUGUCUUUUGAUUUCAGGUCUAAGUAAACGUGAAUUGUGAAAGUAA